CUGUGCCAGAGUUAGCCACUUCUCUUUCUACCUGAACUGCAAGAAGAAGAAAAAAGAAUACUAUCAUGCCGCAGCCAGGCACAAGUGGGAUGGAACCAGCAUUUGGGGAUGCUUACAGGAACUGUCGCCAUUCUGAACAGAGGGUUACCGCAACUGCUGAAACCAGUGCUGAAGAUUCAGGAUAUGACCAGGAUCGCAUAUUGAACUCAGCACAUGGUACCAGACAAGACCAUCUUCUUGUAGGAGCAUAUAGAAGUCCAAAGAAAGAGAAUAUUGAGCUUUUAAGUGACCUAUUGGAUGAUGAACCAUGUGAUCCAAACAAAUGUGAAAGGUGGGACAUUUCUGCUUUGGAGGAAUUUGCUCAGUAUACUAAGACUGACCAGUGGACAGAAAAUGCGAACGAGACUCCACUUCUUGGUAUUAGUUCUGGACCUUUUGUUAAGGAAGAAGAAAGACCUUGGGUAUCAACUUUAUGUUCAUUAAGCCAAGAGCACAUCCCACUGCCUAAUGAUACCAUCUGUGUCUUAAAAAGAGAAGCAUCAGGGGCCAUUUCCAGAAAUUUACAAGCCCCUAAGUUGAAUAGCUUUUUAGAGCAUCAUUCAGAUUCAUAUACUGAAGUUAGAUUGGUUGCCAGUGGUAAACAUUGUAAUUCUUAUUCUAGAUUUGAGAGAGAGCCUAGGGAUGAAACUUGUUCUGCUACUCUAUUAAAGAAGUCUUUAGUGAGAGAUGCUAAUAAAAGUAGCUUACAGGCAUUUAAUGAAGGAGCAUUUGGACACACAGUUCUGUACUCUCAGGAUUCACUGAGAUCACAGCAUUGCCAUCCAGUUAUAAAAAUGUGUGAUGUAGGUAGCAUUAAGGUGGAAACCUUCUCCGACGAUGAAGAGAAACCAGGUGCUUGGAGGUCAGUUAAUGACUAUGGGAGAACUCUGGCUAGAGGAAGUACUGAGUCACAAUGUGAGCUCACAAAUGAGGAACACAACUACUCCAUGUUUAGCUCUGCUGAGAGUCUUGGACCCAUGGCAGCAGUGAAUGAUGUGGAUGCGUCAGGCAGUGAAUCAAGCUCUACUUCAGAGCAGGAAGAAAGUGAAAAUGACUUAACAGAGGAUGAGGAUGAAUAUGAUGAAUAUGAGGAUCGGAAUGUUGAAGAGGGUUCUGGUAGCAGUAAUGUUUCUGAAUCAGAUUGUGACCCUUCAGUAGAGCCUGAUUCUCAAAUCCAGGGGAAGAGACCAAAGAGAUGCUAUUUCUGGGAGUACAGCAGCAGUCAUGCCUCUCCAUGUAAAAAGUCACGGACCUCCUCUACACCACAGUGGACCUGCUACACUCUACCUAGUAACAAGUAUCAGAAAGAAACCUGCAGCCUUACAGGGAGGAGGAUACUGAAGAAAUCACGGAGGACAGAUGUCAAUGAUUUGACACCAAACCCACGGAAGCUGCUUUAUAUUGGAGAAGAGUUGAAGAAACUGAACAAGGUCAUUGAUGAUCUUACACCAGCCAGUGCACUCCCUGUAGUGGCAAGACCCCGUUCCCGAAAAGAGAAGAAUAAGCUGGCUUCAAGAGCUUGCCGAUUAAAAAAGAAGGCCCAACAUGAAGCCAACAAGCUCAAGCUUUGGGGCUUGAACAUGGAGCAUGAUGGACUUCUACAGGUACUGGUAACAAUAAAGCAAGAAAUUGUGAAAAGAGUUGGAAACAACUGCACUUCAGAGCGUGAAAAAAUGUCUGAGAAACUGGAGAGACUUCUAAAAGAAAAAGAGGGACCACAAGUGGCAGGACAAACAUCUGAAUUUGUGCAGAAGGUGCUACAGGCAGUGGCUGCAGGUGACCCUACUGGAGGAAUUGGAAAGCUUGGGGUGCUGUCCUCCAGAAAUUAGAAUCCACAUUCCUUUAGUAGGUGAGAAAACACUGAAAGGGAACAUGAAAUGGACACGCAUUCCAGUUUCUCUUAGAAUGAGUAAUGUUAACAGAGAUGGAGAUGGGAGUAUAGCAGCAUCUAGAGAGAUGAUCCCAGAAAUCACACCUCUGUUGAUCCUUUUUAUGAUGGUGAUGAGCUUUAAUUGGACUAUCUUAAUGCUAGACUGCUAGGUUUUUAACAGAGAGCAGCAAAGUAGCUAUUCCAGAAGCACAAGUUAUGGAAAGAGGAAGACAAGAGUUGCACAAGGAUUUUAAUCUAAGGAAUAAAGGCGUUGUUAAAGUUGAAA